CUUCACUCGUACGUACAUACUCGUACGUACGUACUCGUACUACUCAAAACAACAACUCAGUCCAAUAGGUCAUUGUUCUGAACCUUAUCGUGUCCGCUACGGCUCAACCAGAAACAACACACGUUCAACGCGUGCAAUUAAUCUUCAACUUUGUUAUUCCAUCCGUUCCCCAAGGCAACACGUUACAAUGGAGCAAUCCUGUUCGUCCAUCGCGGAUUUCUGGACCAGUUUCAAGCCUGUUGUACCGUACGCGCCAUCGCCGGAUUCGUACCAGCUGAAGGCAGAAGCCCCAGUUGAAUAUCUGGACUAUUUGGAUAUUGAAGCAUUUUACGACAGCGUCACCACCGGUGACGGGCCAACAUGCUACGCUAAAGCCGAUAGUCCAUUUCUGUGGGGACAACAAGCCCAAAACUCUUCGUAUUCCUACGUGGAAACUGACGAUGGUCCUUUGAACCAGAAUAACAACGAGUAUUGUGAAUUAACGACCUUUCAACACUCCGAAGAUAAUCCACAAAUUGAGCACUACAGUUUGGUUGCUCAGGAAAUUAUCGUGCACACUAUCGAUGAAUCCUCACUCGGUGUUUUUGAGCAAAAACCUGAACAAAAUCUACCUCAAGGAGUUCCUCCAGUUGUGUCAGCGCACAACAUGGACGAACCAGACAACCCUGUUACAAUCAAGCAGGAAUUGUCUGAACCCAUUAAAUCUGCACCUGACGAAAAAGUGACUUCGAAACAGAAAGUCACGUCGAGGUUGCCGCUGAAAAAGCGUCGUAUUGUGUUUAGAUUUCACAGCUCAACCGGUCAACAUCCCUGUCCUGCUUGUGAACGUACCUUCAACCGCCCAAGUCACCUGACGCAACACUACAAUGCUCAUCAUACGGGUCCCUUGGAUCAGCGGUGCGAAAUCUGUGGCAAACGGUACCGUCUACAGGAGGAUUUGGAGAAGCAUCAACUUCGCCACAAAGAGCAGAAUAAAUCGUUCGGCUGCGAGCACUGUCCGAAGAAGUUCAACUACAAGUUCGACAUGGUUCGUCACGUGAAGGCUGUCCACACGGAAGCGCCCUUCAAGUGCCAGUUUUGUGAGAAAGGCGUUGUGCGGUACGAUCAUCUGCUACUUCACGAGAACAAACACCGGCGGAUCAACAACAAUGCUGUUGCCAAGGAGAUUGCUAAGAAAGCCAAGAGGGCUAAAACCGGGAAAGUAGUGCGUGUCGUCUCCCAGAACAAGAAAGAGAAACCUGAGCCUGACUAUAAAGUCGAUGAACGUUUGGGAAUAAAUACGCAUAACUAACUCAGAA